UCUCACCUGGCAGUGACCGGUGCUGGUGUAGGCUGCAUCAGAUAUUGUACAAUAAUCUAAUGUAAAGAAACACUGCGUCAGAGAGAUACAUCAACAACUGUUACCAACUGUUUUUCUUCAGGCGACAGUGAAUGUUGAUAUUUCCGGCUGGACUGUCUUGACCAGAAAUCAUACUGACAUUCUGGAAUAUUUUUUUUUCUCUUCUCAAUGAUAGUGUCUUGUCCCUGCUAGAAGCCCCAGAAAAGUUCCACCCCCCCUUGCGGAUCACCUCUCCAUCCUCUGUUCCGUGCCUCUGUGUCUUUGGACCUGGGUAGCCAUGCUGCGGGAGGGGGCCAAGGCCUGGAGCAAUGUCUCGGAGGCCUACAGCAGCGACCCUGAAGAGGAGGAGGAGGAGGACAUGGUAUGUGAGGAAGACGAGGACAGAGAGGAAGAGAUGAUGGACCUGAGUGAGCUGCCCACCGCCCUGUUCGCCUGCAGCGUCCACGAGGCCGUGUUCGAGGAGGUCCGCCACCGGCUACGAAAGGGAAUGCCAUCAAUAAAUAUGAAACUGGAGAUGGUGACCAUCAUCGCCUGCGAGGUAGACACAGAGGUGUUUACGUCCGACAAGCUGCAGGAGAGGUUCGAGGCCCUGUUCAGGAUCUAUGACGAGCAGACGUCCUUCCAGAUGUUCAAGAGCUUCAAGCGAGUCCGCAUUAGUUUCAGCACUCCGGAGGCGGCCGCCCGCGCUCGCAUCGAGCUCCAUGAGACUGAGUUCAACGGCAAGCAGCUCAAGCUCUACUUUGCCCAGAUUCAGAAUUCUGGGGAGGAUAUAGACAAGUCGUAUCUGGCUCCUCCUGCGCCCGUCAAACAGUUCCUCAUCUCUCCCCCUGCCUCGCCACCCGUGGGCUGGAGCCAGAGUGAAGACGCAACGCCUGUUAUCAACUAUGACCUGCUGUGCGCGGUGGCCAAGCUGGGCCCAGGGGAGAAGUAUGAACUGCAUGCGGGCACUGAGUCAACCCCCAGCGUUGUGGUGCAUGUGUGCGACAGCGAUGCAGAGGAUGACAACGACGAAGCGCGGCCCAAGCAGAAACAGCAGAUCGUCCAAACCCGGCGCCCCGACGGCCCGUCGCAAGUCCUGAACUAGGACGCCCGUUACGGACCCCACUCCUACGACCCCAACACACACACGCACCAAGCCCUGUCUUCUCUGUCUCAGGAGUCGCACAGCAAGACAACGCCCCUCAUUUCAGUUCAACCCAAAACACACAAACAGCAGACAGUUGGUGGUGUUUGUGGAGGGAGCAUGGCUAUUGGAUGGGAUGAGGCGGCCUGGCCUGUAUGGACGAUGGAGGAUGGAUGAGAUUUACACACACUCAUCACACUCAAAGGAAAGGGAGGGAGGGGUGAGGGUGCCUAACUCUUGACCCCUGACCUCGGAUCAGCCAGGGGCAGUAAUGUAACAACUUGUCCUCCUAAAGCAGGCCCCCUGUCAUAGAUUAUACACUCAGCUCUCAUCUGUAGUAGUUCUUCUGUAGUAGUACUUAUUUCCUUCCUGCUUACUGUCACUGGUUAGUUGUGUCACGCAGUGGUCUUUCGGGCACAUGCUAUACCUCUAAUGAGGUUUUGCGUUUUUAAACUUUUUUUUAUAUACAUUUGUUCUUCUGAUUGUUUGUCUGUUCUUCUUCUGCUAACUAUGAUAUCAGCUGAUUGGUUGUUUCUGCUAACACAGAAUGAGGAUUGGUUGUCUGGUAUUCCUCUUCUUGUCUUCAUGUAUAUAUAAGAACAUACUCCUACAGAGACUCAAACACUAAACUGUUAUAUAAAGCAAUGGAACCUAUGGAGGUCACACUAAUUAGCAACAGGUGGCCAUGUGGUAACAUCAAAGUUGUGGUGGUGUUUGCAUUUUAUUUCAUUUUUGGGGAGGGGUCUGCUUAUGUCCUUUUAAUCAAAGAGGUGUCUAUUGAAGUGUUGCUGAACUAGGUGUGCAUUCUUCUUAACAUGUAUUUGAUACCACAAACAAUUGUUUUUUUGCAUGCUUACUAACAUAGUCGGGAGCUGAGGCAUUUUAUACUGGUCAAGAUGACAGGGAAAUGGAAUGAAGCUUUUGACGACACGCAUAUCUCUAGUUUUAUAGUGUCAGGUGAGCGGGGAGAGGCUGGCUGGGUGAGUAAAAAGACAGAGUGAAUGAGACCUUUACAGUGUGAGUAAAAGCCUAAGAGUUGGGCUUUAGGAUAGAAGUAAAGCCUAAGAGUUGGGCUUUAGAGUAGAAGUAAAGGCUAAGAGUUGGGCUUUAGAGUAGAAGUAAAAGCUAAGAGUUGGGCUUUAGGAUACAAGUAAAGCCUAAGAGUUGGGCUCUAGAGUAGAAGUAAAAGCUAAGAGUUGGGCUUUAGAUUAGAAGUAAAAGCUAAGAGUUGGGCUUUAGAGUAGAAGUAAAAGCUAAGAGUUGGGCUCUAGAGUAGAAGAAAAAACUAAGAGUUGAGCUUUAAAGUUGAAGUAAAGGCUAAGAGUUGGGCUCUAGAGUAGAAGUAAAAGCUAAGAGUUGGGCUUUAGAGUAGAAGUAAAAGCUAAGAGUUGGGCUUUAGAGUAGAAGUAAAGGCUAAGACUAAUCUCCGACAGGAGUGUUGACAUUUUCAGAGGGCAUUUAUUUUUAUUCCAUAUUUCCGGUGUUUUGGGGUCUUUUUAUGAUAUCAACACAGCUUUCUUCUUCUCAGACCUAUAUGGCUUGUUUUACACUGAACAUCUCUCAAUCUCUGGAGCUAUACUAAAGGAAUGUCCUGGUUUUCCUCUGUCAGCUCUUAAAAUGUAAGACUGCUUCUUAGUUCUUGCUGUAAAUAGCUCAAUAGUCAUUAGGUGGAAAUAGACCAUUAGGUUUUAAUGAUUGACAUUAAGCUUUGGUGAGAAAUUGAAAAAGUUUCUGGAGAUAUCAACCAAAGCCUUCAUCUCACCUUGCAGUCACAGCACAAACCUUUGGAAACUCAAGAAACUAAAGAGAAAGUAAAAAAUUAAAAAAAGUUAUUAAAAAUUAGUUUUAUUGUCACAUGAAAUGUGUUUUACAGGGUCAGUCAUAGUAGUACAGCGCCCCUAGAGCAAAUGACUCUAAUUUGGAAUACUGCUGCAUUAACAGUUGUUACUUUGCUCACAGCAACUCCCAAAUAAAAUUAAUAAUUAAUUAAUUUACUGUGCUUUUAGUCAUUCAUUUGAAUCCUAUCCUAAAUAUCUCAGGAGUAAAUUUAAGAGUAACUUUUACCAGAAUGAUAGAUGUUUCUCCUGACCAUGCACUUUGAAUAACAAAAAGCAUAAAAUGUCAACUAUAAUGUCAUGUGUCUGUUAUUGGUCUGUCUGCAUGCGAGCACUUUAUUGUCAGAAGUAUUUUUUCUUCUCACUGUAAAGGCAGUCUUUUUUUUCUCACUGUAAAGGCAUUUUUUUUCUCACUGUAAAGGCAGUCUUUUUUCUUCUCACUGUAAAGGCAGUCUUUUUUCUUCUCACUGUAAAGGAAGUACUUUUUCUUCUCACUGUAAAGGCAGUCUUUUUCCUUCUCACUGUAAAGGCAGUCUUUUUUCUUCUCACUGUAAAGGCAGUUUUUUUUCUCACUGUAAAGGCAGUCUUUUUUCUUCUCACUGUAAAGGCAGUCUUUUUUCUUCUCACUGUAAAGGCAGUCUUUUUUCUUCUCACUGUAAAGGAAGUCUUUUUCUUCUCACUGUAAAGGCAGUCUUUUUCCUUCUCACUGUAAAGGCAGUCUUUUUUCUUCUCACUGUAAAGGCAGUCUUUUUUCUUCUCACUGUAAAGGCAGUCUUUUUUCUUCUCACUGUAAAGGCAGUCUUUUUUCUUCUCACUGUAAAGGCAGUCUUUUUUCUUCUCACUGUAAAGGCAGUCUUUUUUCUUCUCACUGUAAAGGCAGUCUUUUUUCUUCUCAUUGUAAAGGCAGUCUUUUUUCUUCUCACUGUAAAUGCAGUCUUUUUUCUUCUCACUGUAAAGGUAUUCGUUUUUCUUCUCACUGUAAAUGCAGUCUUUUUUCUUCUCUCUGUAAAGGCAGUCUUUUUUUCUUCUCACUGUAAAGGCAGUCUUUUUUCUUCUCACUGUAAAGGCAGUCUUUUUUCUUCUCACUGUAAAGGCAGUCUUUUUUUCUCACUGUAAAGGCAGUCUUUUUUUCAUCUCACUGUAGAGGCAGUAUUGCUAGAGAGAAUGUUCUGUAUUUCUUUUGUUAUUUUUUUAAACUUCUGUUUUUCAAGAUGAACACCUGGGUAGCCUUCUCACUAGCAGAGCAGCGUGAGUUUAACACUCAACAUCUCUUGCUACUGGGGUUUCGAAGGCUCGGAGGCCUUUGGAUAUAUGUGCAGGAGUGUACUACUGAAUAGGUGUGGUAGGAAGAACAGGAAAAUGUGUCUUUUGAGAUGAUGGUUGGUUGCAACCACAGAACAAAUGUGUGUUUUUGUUAGUGUUUGUCCCUGGAACAUAAUUUCAAGUGCAAGCUUUGUCCUUUCAGAGAUGACUUCUAAAAACCAAGCAGCCAGCGAGUGUUGAAACACAAUGCAAUGGCACAGAAUCUUUCUAGUUGUGCUGACUGGUGAUAAUAUUGCUGAUUGAUGACUAAGAUAAUGAUUAUGUUGACGAGGCUGAUCUGAUGUUUUCUACUGACUGCUGUCUCUGAAACUGGGAGCAUUUUGGGUCACAGGCGAAACUAGAAACAUUUCUAGUGAUUUUGUUGCCGACACCAGUUCCAGUAUGCAGCUAAAAAAAAUGUUGGCUUCUAAUUUUAUGUUGAUGUAAAGAUAAAAAAAUAAAUAAAAAGUUCUGAAAUGCUCGAUCAAAUCAAUUCUUAUUGUGUCGUGUUAAAAAUUGACUCAAUGUUUUUUUUUUUUGGAACGUCUACAAAGCAAAACGGUCAAUACUGUCCGUUACUGUUGUAUACUGUUCUGUUGAAAUCUGAAUAUUAUGUCUAGUACUGUAGUUAUCCAGAACACGAAGUAGCAAUCAAGCAAUAAUUUACAGUUAUAUACAGGUAUCUGUAUUUUAUGUUGUGUACUAAUUUCCAGAGUUUGUUGUCUCUGACUGUUACAACAGUACUUGCUUAUAUUUGUGUGGUAUGAUGGUCAUUCGUUUCACGUGAGAAAUACAUAAAGAACUAUUCUUAAAGAC